AUGACAGAUGGGUCGUCAUCUUCCUUCUUUCCUGACUUUGGGCUGCUGUUGUAUUUGGAAGAGCUAAACAAAGAGGAAUUGAAUAAAUUCACGUUACUUUUAAAGAAUGAGACUGUGGAGCCCAGGGACUGCCAGAUACUCUGGGCUGAGGUAAAGAAGGCCGAUCGAGAAAAUCUGGCUAAUUUGAUGAAAAAAUAUUAUCCUGGGGAGCAAGCCUGAGUUGUGGCUCUCAAAAUCUUUGGCAAAAUGAGCCUGAAGGAUCUGUGUGAGAGAGCAACAGCAGAGAUCAACUGGACAGCCCAGACCACGGGGCCAGAGGAUGCCAGGACACAAGAGGAGCAAGAUGAUCAGGAGGCAGUGGAGGGUGAUGGAACGGAAUACAGAAUCCAAAUAAAGGAAAAAUUCUGUAUCAUGUGGGAUAAGAAAUGUUUGUUGGGAGAACCUGAAGAUUUCCAUCCUGGAGUUGCUCAGGAAGAUCGAUAACUGUUGGAACAUCUGUUCCACGUGGAUAUGAAAACCUGUGAGCAGCCACAGACAGUCGUGCUCCAGGGGGCUGCUGGAGUUGGGAAAACAACCUUUGUGAGAAAAGCAAUAGUAGAUUGGGCCCAGGGCAGUCUCUAUCAGCAGAAGUUUAGCUAUGUUUUUUAUUUCAGUGCAAGAGAAAUCAACCAGUUGAGAGAACGAAGCUUUGUUCAAAUGAUAUCCAAGGACUGGCCCAGCCCGGAAGGCUCCAUUGAAAGGAUAAUGUCCCAGCUGAGUAGUCUUUUUAUUAUUGAUAGUUUUGAUGAACUGAACUUCGCCUUUGAGGAACCUGAGUUUGUGCUAUGCAAAGAGACCCAGGUGCACCCAGUGUCCUUCCUUAUGAGUAGUCUGCUGAGGAAAGUGAUGCUCCCUGAGUCAUCUUUAUGGGUGACAAAGAGACCUACAGCUUGUAAGAAACUAAAGCCUUUGUUGAAGAACCAGCGUUCUGUAGAGCUGCUGGGUAUGUCCAAGGUUGCAAGAAAGGAGUAUAUUUACCAGUUUUUUGAAGACAAGAAGAGGGCCUUGCAGGUAUUCAAUUCACUAAGAAAUGAGAUGCUUUUCAGCAUAUGCAAAGUCCCCCAGGUGUGCUGGGCCAUCUGCACCUGUCUGGAGUAGCAGAUGGAGAUGGGUAGUGAUGUCUCAUUAACCUGCAAAACAGCCACAGCUCUGUUCACCUGCUAUAUCUCUAGCCUCUUCCCACCAGUAGAUGGAAACUGUGCUAGUCCAUCCAAGCAAACCCAACUGAGGAGCCUGUGCCACUUGGCUGCCAAAGGAGUGUGGACUGUGAUAUCUGUGUUCUACGGGGAAGAUUUCAGAGAGCAUGAGUUAACUAAAUCGGAUGUGUCGAUUUUCCUGGACAUGAAUAUUCUUCAAAAGGACACAGAGUAUGAAAAUUGCUAUGUGUUCACCCACCUGCAUGUUCAGGAGUUUCUUGCAGCUAUGUUCUGUAUGUUGAAAGACAAUUGGGGGACCAGGGACAAUUCCCUUCAGUCUUUUGAAGAUUUGAAGCUAUUGCUUGAAAGCAACAGUGAUCAAGAUCCCCAUUUGAUGCAGAUGAAAUGCUUUUUGUUUGGCCUUUUGAAUGACGAUCUAGUAAAACAACUGGAAACAACUUUGAACUGUAAAAUGUCACUGGAGAUAAAAAGGAAGAUCCUUCAGUGGCUCGAGAUACUGGGGAACAGCAAACAUUUUCCAGCACCGCUAGAAUUUCUGGAGUUGUUCCUCUAUCUGUAUGAGACUCAAGAUGAAGCCUUUAUAAGCCAGGCAAUGAGAUCUUUCCAAAAGAUUGUCAUUGAUGUUUGUGGAAAAGUCCAUUUACUUGUGUCUUCAAUCUGCCUUAAGCCCUGCCAAUGUUUAUGGACCAUUAAACUGUCUGUAACUGUGUUAUUUGAGAAGAUGUUAAACUCAAGUCCCCCAGCUGAACUUUGGGAUGGUGGUCACAUUACUCAUUACUGGCAAGAUCUCUGUUCUGUGCUUUAUACAAAUGAGCACUUGAGAGAACUGGACCUGUGUCAUAGCAACCCCGAUGAAUUAGCCAUGAAGACUUUUUAUCAAGAACUGAGGCACCCAAACUGUAAACUACAAAAACUCUUGAUGAGAUUUCUUUCUUUCCCUGGCGGUUGUCAGGAUAUCGCCAGUUCUUUGACUCACAACCAGAAUCUGAUGCAUCUUGAUCUGAAAGGGAGUGAUAUAGGGGACAAUGGAGUAAAGUCAUUAUGCGAAGCCUUGAAACACCCAGACUGUAAACUACAGAAUCUGAGCUUGGAAUCCUGCGACCUAACUACAGUUUGCUAUCUAAAUAUCUCUAAGGCUCUCGUCAGAAGCCAGAGCCUGAGAUUUCUGAAUUCGUCGACCAAUCACCUAUUGGAUUAUGGGAUCAAGCUGUUGUGUGAGGCCUUAGGACAUCCCAAGUGUCACCUAGAUAGUCUCAGCCUAGAAAGCUGUGGCUUCACAGUAGCUGGUUGUGAGGCUCUUUCUUUGGCUCUCAUCAGCAACAAUUUGACACACUUGUGCUUGGUGGACAACAUCCUGGGAGAUGAUAGAGUAAAGCUUGUGAGUGAUGCUUUGAAAAAUCCACAGUGCAAUCUCCAGAGCCUCGUGGAAGAGCUGAGGAAUUGCCACUUCACUUCCCUUAGCGGUGAACAUCUCUCAUCUGCUCUCCUGCGCAACAGGAGCCUGACACAUCUGGAUCUGGGGUCAAACUGGCUGCAAGAUGAUGGAGUAAAGCUUCUGUGCGAUGCCUUUCAGCAUCCAAGCUGUCACUUUCAGGACCUGGAACUGAUGGGCUGUCUUACUAGUACGUGUUGUCUGGAUCUGGCUUCUGCUAUUCUGAACAACUCAUACCUGCAGAGCCUAGACCUUGGAUACCUACAGGAUGAUGGAGUAAAAAUUCUGUAUGAGGCUUUGAGACAUCCAAACUGCAAUAUUCAGAGGCCUGGGUUGGAAUACUGUGGUUUGACCUCCCUGUGUUGUCAGGAUCUCUCCUCUACUCUUAGAAACAACCAAAACCUGAUAAAAAUAAACCUGAGACAGAAUUUAGGGCAUGAAGGAAUGAUGAAGUUAUGUGAAAGCCUGAGGUCUCCUGAAUGUAAACUGAAAGUUCUAGGGGUGUGCAAAGAGGUAUUUGAGUAAGUCCAGAAGCUGCUGGAAGCUGUGUGAGUUAGCAAUCCACACCUUAUCAUUAAGCAUGAUUAUAAUCACAAAGAUGAAGAUGGUUCCUGGUGGCGGUGUCCCUGA